CUUAACUGAACCUCUUAUUCGCAGUGUAAUGACCUCAUCUCAUUUCCUGUGAUGACAGUAUUCAGUGUUCAGCUCUUUAACUUAAGUGAAAAUAGUAAUACCACAAUUUUAAAUGACUAUUAUCUAAAGUAAAACAAGUAAAAGUCCUGCAUUCAAAUUUGUAAAUGAAGUUUAAAACAAAAUUACUGCAAGAAAAAUAUACUUGAAUUACAAAAAGUACUUUUUGUGCAGAACGACCCUUUUUCAGUUUAUAAGUACACAAGAUUAUCAUUGUUAUUACAGAUACAUCAGCCUAUAGGCUACAUUUUAAUGUAGCUACUUGAGCUGGAGCUAAUUUCAGGAACUUUACGACUGAUUUGUUAAUAAAUUGAAUUUUGGGGGCUGAUGAUAACUUUUUAAUGUAAAAUAUUAAUAACUACCUGUAUAGCUGUAAAAUAAAUAUGCAUUCAAAAGUACAAUAUUUUCCUCUGAACUGUAGCACAACACAAAAAUAGUCAAGUAGUGUUCAAGCACCUCAAAACUUUACUUAAGUACAGUAAUUAAUUAAUAGCAUUUUUUUACAUAGUGAAGUCACACACAUGAAUAUAACGCGCAGGUGGAUGCACAACCGCUUUUAAAAUAUUUUAUUUCUACCCAUACAUUUAACAGAUGAAAUCUGAUCUUGGUGCACAAGUCAGUAAUGUGUGCUAUGAUACACUAAAAUGAAAACACUUUCCAGUAAAGAGAGUUAUUCUUAAAAUGUGCAGCAUAAAUAAAACCACAGAUGACCUAAACUGUCAGAAUUGAGGCUUUGUUUUGUUACACGUUCCUUUUGUCAGGCCUUGAGUGUUUACCCGGUCAGCAAGUGAGGAAGAUGUACAGAGGAACACACAUAAAUGUGUCUGCAGGUGGCCAGCACAUGAAGACUAUACACAUUCCCAAAUCUAUGAUGUCUGCACCCUUCUUACAGUCACACCAGUCCUUCUCUCUACCCCAGCACCCUGCCCUUACUGCUGGACAGAGACGCUAUCUUUGCAGUAUAGCAAAUGUUUACAGUACAGAGCACAUGAGACGACAGAUGAAGCAGCACUACCUCAAUGUGCUGCACACGUGUGUUCAUUCAGGCCAGAAUCCCACCUGCAGGAGGAGGUAUGGGGAUCAUCAACAUGAAAGUAGCAUGUUGACAAAGGAUGCAGACAAGGAUGAGGAGGCAAGGGCAAAGCCACUAGGGCAGAGGAAAGGCAGCAGCACAGCUAAUUCUGAUGUCAUAUUUCCAAAAAUAGUCAACAAAUGACGGAUAUGACAGCAAAUUGUUUUCCUUUUGUGAAGGUUUUAAUAAUGUUAUAGUGAGAGUUUAUGUUGAUCUUUGUAUCAACGUGUGUUGUUGCAGUUUUUCAAAUACUUUUGACUUUUAAUGUCCCUAAACAAAGGUGGCAUGCAGCUAUAGUCUUAUAGAGACACCUACACAUAUUACAAACACUACUGUGUUUACAGUUCUAGUUCUUUUUUGGAUGUCUAGUUGUUCUUCAUCAGGCUAUUAAUACAAUAAUAAAUGUUGGAUUGUAAUAUUGGCUAUUCUUUUGAGUCAUAAUGUAUAUGCACAGUUUCCUUUCCAAUGAUUUGUUGUUUUAAGAAAGCAUUAUUCUAUGAUUUAGUGGGGCUCGUUUGAGGCUAUGAUCAAUACAAUUAUGUUUAACUGAUAUCUGAAAAUGUAACAUGCUUUCCAGCAUUCAUUUUAUUUUUUUUAUAUUUAUUAUUGUUCUGCAUGCGUGUUAACUAUUUUAAUAGCUUAUUCAUAUUACUUUUAGUGUGUCUCUUAACAUCUGUCCAGGUACCAUAGAUGAAAAAAAAGCCUUUUGGCUGUUUGUGGUGUAUU